AUGUCCUUGAUAUGCAUUGCCUCAGGAACAAAGGUGGCUCUGUUUAACCGACUACGAUCCCAGACAGUUAGUACCAGAUACUUGCAUGUAGAAGGAGGUAAUUUUCAUGCCAGUUCACAGCAGUGGGGAGCAUUUUUUAUUCAUCUCUUGGAUGAUGAUGAAUCAGAAGGAGAAGAAUUCACAGUCCGAGAUGGCUACAUCCAUUAUGGACAAACAGUCAAACUUGUGUGCUCAGUUACUGGCAUGGCACUACCAAGAUUGAUAAUUAGGAAAGUUGAUAAGCAGACCGCAUUAUUGGAUGCAGAUGAUCCUGUGUCACAACUCCAUAAAUGUGCAUUUUACCUUAAGGAUACAGAAAGAAUGUACUUGUGCCUUUCUCAAGAAAGAAUAAUUCAAUUUCAGGCCACUCCAUGUCCAAAAGAACCAAAUAAAGAGAUGAUAAAUGAUGGCGCUUCCUGGACAAUCAUUAGCACAGAUAAGGCAGAAUAUACAUUUUACGAGGGAAUGGGCCCUGUCCUUGCCCCAGUCACGCCUGUGCCUGUCGUAGAGAGCCUUCAGUUGAAUGGCGGUGGGGACGUAGCAAUGCUUGAACUUACAGGACAGAAUUUCACUCCAAAUUUACGAGUGUGGUUUGGGGAUGUAGAAGCUGAAACUAUGUACAGGUGUGGAGAGAGUAUGCUCUGCGUCGUCCCAGACAUUUCUGCAUUCCGAGAAGGUUGGAGAUGGGUCCGGCAACCAGUCCAGGUUCCAGUAACUUUGGUCCGAAAUGAUGGAAUCAUUUAUUCCACCAGCCUUACCUUUACCUACACACCAGAACCAGGGCCGCGGCCACAUUGCAGUGCAGCAGGAGCAAUCCUUCGAGCCAAUUCAAGCCAGGUGCCCCCUAAUGAAUCAAACACAAACAGCGAGGGAAGUUACACAAACGCCAGCACAAAUUCAACCAGUGUCACAUCGUCUACAGCCACCGUGGUAUCCUAACUACCGUCUUUUUGCUAGGACUUAAACUGACUUGAGUGUGGCAAAAAGUCAAAAAAGGAGAAAAAAUGAACAAUCUUUUGUGGUUUCUUGGGAAAACUUUUCAUACCAGGUGAUACUAUUCAAAAACCCCGUUAUCUCUCUGCAAGUGCUGAUUUGAAAUGCAGAAGCCACAGUUAAAAAAAAAAAAAAGUCAAAAUGUACAAACUAUUGGAAAUCAAGUUUUUCAGAUGUUUGGUUGGUUGGUUGGUUGGUUUUUGUUUGGUUUUGUUUAAAUGGGCAAGAAGUAAAUAAUGUGGCUGGAAUACAAGUUGAACAAACUAGAAGACACAAAUCUAACACAGUUUUUAUGGACCAAGGAACUUGUAUAUUGUAUAAGCUUUAGUAAAAGGUACAUUUUCACCAUACCUUUUUUUAUAUCACGGUAUUAUAGUACACCUUGUUACCAAAUAGGUUGUUCUCUUCCCCACCUACCUUUGAGCUUUUGCUCUAAAAUACAUUCAGGUUCCAAGCCUGACCGUGCUUGUUUAAUCUAAUUGUCAUACUCUUCCAGGUUUUUUUUUUUGGUCUAGGCUGGAACUUUUUUCUUUUAUUUUCAGCUGAAGUCUUAUGACUUUUCGUGAGUCAAAAUUGUUUGGAUUUCAGCAAGUCAAAUCUUGUAAAGGCCUAUGUAUUUUUUUUUUAAGAUUAUAUGAAGUCUGUGCAAAAGCUUUAAAAAAAAUGCCUCUGCCUUGCCUGCAAUACAUGCAAUGUAUGUUAACUUAGUCUGUCUUCUCAGACACUGUUGGUAGUAAUUUCUGUGUUUUCCUUUUUUUUUUUUUUAAAUGAACUUACAGUGGUUAUCCGAGAGGUUCUAACAUUCACAUGCAAUUUGGUGUGGCCAUUUAGCCAUUAAUGAGUUAAUGGCACAGAACAUGUUGAUAUUUGAAGUGUUCUCUCCCCUUUUCCCAUAACGUAAAUGCAUAAUGUGUGUUCCAGGAUUUGUUCAGGUUUUUCCCCCCUCCCAAUCUUGUACAUAACUUGUAUUAUGUGUAAGUUAAACAUUUUAUUUUGAACUUGGAAUGUUCCCAGUGAUUUCAUUCAGCAGGGUAUUUUCUGCCUUGUUGGCAAGUGACAAAAUAUAUGGGAAGUAUUUGCUACCAGUUGGUAGAUGGUGCCCUUAUGGUAGAAUGAGGAAAAUGUCAGCAAAAGCAUGUUUUAUUAUCUUUACUUUCUGGGGGGGGUUGGAAGGGGUAGCUAGCCAGAACAUCAUUGUAAUCUUAAAACAUAAGAUGCUUUUAUUAGAUAUGAUCAACUAAAAUAGCUGGAAGACAGUACUUUAGAAACAGAUAGUUGUAAGAUUAUAAAAUGCAAAUGUAACUUAUGUUUUCAUUUUUUUCUCUGCCUUUUUUGUUUGUUUUCUCUUUUCCAGUACUGAGCAUCUCCACAAACGUCUCCUAACUCAGAAAAUAUUUCUUUUCUUUUCAGUUGAGAUUUGGUUGCAUUCAGGGUUGUAUGUUGGCCUUGCCUGCUAAACCCGCCAGUUUUACCUUGCUUUCAUUCCUGAACUUUGGUUAUGCUUUUGUUUGGUUUCUUCGAAAUUGCAGCAGACUCAUUGGGCUACAUUUAGUACAGGAACCACAUGUGUAAUGUUAUACGACACAGUCUAGUAAUACAAUCAUCCCUCUUAGAGUAAAAACUACCUCUAGAUUGUGGUAAGCUUUUACUGUCCCAUAAAACAGGAGCCACAGUACCUUAUGAAUGCAAAACUGUAACUUCCUACAGUGUUUCCUUACAGAACAUGGUCUUUCUGGUGUCCUGGGCUGUUUUGAAAAAAUUUCCAUUAAUAGACUUUUUAGAAAUUAUUAUUAGUAGCAUUUUUUUUCAGCCUCGCUGUCUUCAUCACUCACUCUGUGCUCAGACUAUGCCACUGUAAAUAUUCUUCCUAACAUCUUUAAGUCGCCUUUUCCUCGGUUUUCAAGGGGAAAGUCAUUUGUAAAGUACGUUAGGUGAUUAAAUCAGUUAUUGCAGUUUUCUCUUACUGCAAGCCUUUUUAAUCACCCCCAGGCUGCAUUUUAUUCUGUAUCGCCUUUUUUCUUCAAAUCUGCUCCAAUCACUCACUUCUCUCUUAUAAGCUAAUCCUGCCUCACACCUUAAAUCUGUUUCAGUGAUCAAGGGCAGAACUCAUUGUGGCCUUAUCUUUCUUUGUUGUAACUGUUCACCGUCUCUUUCUUACAGACCGCUUAUUUCUGAGGAGUAGUUAUUCCUCUUUGUGGAGUCAUGGCAGGAGUCAUUACACAGUGCUUUUGUUCAAAGCAUGGACAUGUUCCUAGUGCUGCUUUGCUUUAACGGCCACAAGUUUCCUCCACUUCCUAGGUUUGGUAUUUAGUUAAGGAAUCAUAUUAAAUUAACCAAUAACAAAAGAGAUACUUUUGAAGAACAAACUAUUCCUUACCCAUUUUUGUAGCUCAAAAAUAAUUUUUCAAGUUCAUGACUUUGUUAAAAUGAACUUGUGCUUUUUUAACAAACGUUUGUUUUAUUUUGAUUGUUUCUUUACAUAAGAUAAUUGAAAUAUUAUACUGUAAACCCUUUUCUCUCUCUCUCUCUUUUUUUGAAAAGUCCAAGAAUCUACUUAAUACAGGCAUUUUUCCCCACCUAUUUUUGGCCAUUCUUAUACCACAGACUAAAAAGUGAAAUGAUUUGUCCGUUGUAGCUUAUUGUUUAUCAGUAGUUCUUUUGUCAGCUGCUUAAAUUUUUUCUUUCAUGGUUUUGUGAAUCAUUUUCAGUAUGUAAUUUAUAGGAACCUUGUCCUCUGGUUAUAGUAGACUGUGUCCCCUCCUCCAGUGAUGGCAUUAUUAGACAUGCUGAUCAUUUACCCGCAGAAAGAUUCUCUUCUUAGAAUGGCGAGUGCUUCAGUUGUAGUAUGUUUGAAAUUUUAAAAAUUCUGUUUUAGAAAUGUAUCUUAUGCUCUUAUGACUUUAUGUAAUUUCUCAACAUACACAUAGAAGCUGAGUCUCUGAUCCAAUGUUUUUAUUUGUUCCAUUUAAUUUAUCACAUAGAUUGAGAAGGCAAGCUAAAAGCUUUAAAAAUGCCCUUCAUAUUUUGAGUGAUUUCAGAGUUGAACACUAGUAUACUAUCUAAAUUUGCUGCUCAUUUCUUUAAACUGUGGCAAUUAAAGGCAUCCUUAUACAUGACUUAAUCGUGAAAUGUUUGUCACUUUUACUGCACAGACUUAUCUGCAAUCAUAACUGGUUAGUUUUUUUUGUUUUGUUGUUUUUAAUGAAACUGGUACCAUCUGUGCUUUCAUAAAAAACUUCCAAUGCUGUUUUUGAGAACUAACCUAACUAGUCAUGCUAACCAGAAAAUCCACUGGGGAGGAGGUUCCUUUUGAAACAAAAUGCUCUUCAGUUAGUAACCAAGUUACUUUGAUUUCAAAAGCAGCUGUGUUUCUGAUGAGUACUGAACAAAUGUGUGUAAUUUUCUGUGCCAGACUUACACUUUGUUUUCAAGCACUGCAAUGUGGGAUGGAUGGUUAGAAACAAUAAUAUAUUAGGGUUUCUGUUUAACCCUUUCAGGACUGAAAUGUAUCUCCUUUUGUUAAUUUCCCCCUGUGUCGUGAUAAAUGUUUGCCAGCAUUCAGUACUGUGUUGGUCCAGAUGUAGGUUUAUAUGCUCAUUUUUAGCUUAUUUCUUGUACCUUGCAGCAUGCUCUACGCAUUCAGUCCUUAAGGGGUUUAUCUUACAAACUGUGCGCCUGUAAGGUUUAUUAGCAAUAAGAUAGAAAAUCGAGCAAGUUUAUACCAUAAUUUUGUAGAAAAAAAAGAAUCUGCUCAGUUCCAUAUUUCAUCCAUGAAAAACUUGCAAUAUGAGCAGUUUCAAGGAAUAAAUAAAAAGGAAAUGUAAACCAUUGUAAAA